AUGAGAAAGAAGUUUGGUCGCUUGGUUGGUUCUUCAGUGGUAAGAUUUGAGCACAGCGCCGCAGAAAUGACACACGAUGGCCUUCCAAGCUUUGCGGUAAAAGGGGACUCCACAAAAUCUAGUGGAGGUCCUCAUGUCCGCCACCACAGCUCCUCCUCCGCACCUAGAGCAUAUUCCGGCUGCCGGCUUCCUCCCCCUGACUUGCUUCCUCUGGUCUUCAAGUUAAAUAGAGCAGUUUUGGGAGUUAUUCAACCAUGUGGAUCGCCGCCGCGUGUCACAUACAGAUACAGUUGUCUCGCUGACUUCCUUUUCUCUCGUUGA